AUGAAGAAGAAGUUUGGAGGGAAUGAAAGGGUGAAGCGAUCUCUUCUCAAUACUCUAAGAAGAGAAUUCAAGGUUCUUGCCAUGAAGUUGGACGAGAAAAUUGUCGAUUACUUUGAAAGGGUAAUGACAGUUUCCAACAAAAUGAGGAGCAAUGGAGAAGACAUGCCAGACUCAAAGAUCAUUGAGAAGAUCCUUCGAACAUUGACAAAUAAAUUCACAUAUGUGGUGGUUUCAAUUGAGGAAUCCAAGCACACUGGAAGCAUGUUUAUUAAUGAGUUGCAAAGUUUUUUGACUGUUCAUGAGCAAAAAUUUAGGAAAACCAAUGUUGAAGAGGAUGCUCAAGCUCUCAAUGUCAAAGGCAGAGACAUAGGUUUUUACAAAGGCCGAGGUAGGGGUCAAGGGCGGUUUUUCAACAAGGCAUUGAUUGAGUGCCAUAAAUGUCACAAUUUAGGGCAUUUUUCAGCAUGA